GGGAGGGGCUGCAGGUAUAAAAGGCUCUGGUCGGUCUGAGAAAUCACCAGUCACCUUCACAGUUCACUGCCGUCAUGACUACCAAGGUAAUGUUAUUGGCCGCCCUUGUGGCUGCAGCCCUCGCCAAACCUGACCCACAGUACAGCCCCCCCACUCCCGCAUACAACCCCCCCGCCCCCUCCUACAGCGUUCCCGCCCAUCCUAGACCUUCCUACUCUGCUGCUCCAGCUUAUCCUGAUACUCCUCCCCAGUACAACUCUCAAUACGUCGUGAGGGACGACUACUCCGGCAACGACUUCGGCCAUGAAGAAUCCCGGGACGGCUACAACACCCAGGGUACCUACUUCGUGCUGCUUCCCGACGGUCGUGUGCAGAGGGUGACUUACUACGUCGACGGUGACUCCGGCUACGUGGCUGAGGUGACCUACGAGGGUGAGGCCCAGUACCCCGCCUAUCAACCCGCCCCAGCGCCUUCGUACAGGCCCGCUCCGGCACCCUCCUAUGCUUAAACCAAUAGCUUGGCCCUUCGAGAAUGUAGUGAAGCCAUUAUUUACUGAACGAUAAGAAAUAAACAUUUUACUGAA